AUGUCUUACGAUCGAGUGCUUCCCAAUCCCGUUGCUCUCCGCUAUGAGUCUGCUCAAGUCUCUUUGCCAAGACCGAGCAACUUACUCGAUCACAAAAUCAUGAACGACAACCUCAAGUCGAUGGCCCGGUAUCCUGAUGGGCCGGUCGGGGAUUCGGUGCAAUAUACUGAUGUCAGAUCAAAUGGUGUAUCACAGACCCAUCAGCAUCUAUCAGUGCUUAAUGGCCCUGUCAAACCCGUGGGCCCGAUGAUCUCAACUAAAGAGUUGCCUCUCCGGGACCGAUCUGAUCGAUCAUCGUCAUCCUCAGCCAGCAGCUCCAGCCCUGGCAAGUCACAGAAAGAGGGAGCUAUGCAGUUCUGCCUCUGCCAACCGGAUCCGAAAAUCCCCCGGCCACGUAAUGGUAAGUCGAUAUCCUCCGCGCCUUCAGACCUUGGCGGCAAGUCCUUUUCGAUUGUUUCUUUUGAUCUUGAGAGGCCAGGUCAGAUCUGUCGAACCCUGGUGAAUAUGGCUAACGUGGUUAAAGCGUUUAUCCUGUAUCGUCAGCACUAUCAGGCUAUGGUCGUGGCUCAUAACCCUGGUCUAGCAAAUCCCGAGAUCUCCAAAAUCAUUGGAGAGCAAUGGCGGUCUCUGUCCGAAGAUGACAAGAGUAAAUGGAAGGCACUUGCCGAGGAAGAAAAAGCUCGUCAUCAGCAGCAGUACCCCGACUAUCGGUACCAGCCUCGACGGUAUGGUCGGGAUGGUAAUGCACGCAAUGCUGCUUCAGGGAUUGGUCACAAUCCAACGGGCUCGUCCACCUGUAACCGAUGUGGUGGUCGCCUUAUGAAUGCACCUGCUUCUCCCAUGACUCCAUUCACACCGAGUAGUGCCACCGCUGGCUCUGGAUAUAGAUCAGGCAGCUUCUCAGCAGCUUCACCACACCCUAAUACGAUACCAAGAAACCGCGAAAAGGACUCGUAUCCAGUGCAAAAAAGCGUCAAGAUGGACCAAACUGACUCACGGUCUCGCCCGAGGCAAUGGGAAGAGAACGGUGGCUGCUCCUCAGACAACAAGCGCCGCCGGAUAUCCCAUGCCCACGCCCAUCCCCCAGCACACGCACCGUUCAAGCCAAGCUUACACUCCUACCGAGACCGGAGCCCCGAGGCUCCAAUGACCCCAUGGAGUGCUCGGCCAGACAUGGCACCACGUCACCUCCCCAUGCUUCAACCACAACGCCAAUAUAGUAGCAUCCCAGGCACACCACACCCAGACCCAAGUCUGAAACUCCCACCACUCCAAACCGCGACAACCCCAAUCAUGGCCCCAAUGACGCCCUUCCCAUUAGAAGACACCAGCGUCGAAGCUACAGUCAUGACAAUCCCCUUCCUGAAUAAGAUCAAAGUCCUCGCCAAAAUCUCCCCACCCCUGGUCCCCUCCUUCCGCGAAGGCAUCCCACCAGCCCGCGGCCCCGUCAUUGCCAUCGACGGCCAAGACCCAAACCUCGUCCAAUCAGCUGUCGAGUACCUAGAAAUCCUUCUAAAAAAGGAAUCUAAGUACCACGUCCGCGCCUUCGACGGUCCAGAGAUAAAAGCACCGCGCCCAACCGCCGCCGACGCAAACCAAGGCCAAGGCCAAAUGGGCGACGCAACAGUCGACUACCUCAACACAAUUUCCGCCUGGCAUCGCAUCUCGGACGAAGUAGUCGGCUUCGUUAAAUCCGUCUCAAGAGCGGGUUCCGUCGACGCUCACUCAAUAACCACAGACGAGGAAUCCGGUCCAAACGUCUCACCUAGAGCUCUCAUCCCGAAGACUGCAAAUCUGCAAAUCAACUCGCCCGCCCAAUCCAGCGACCACGGCUCAGAGGGCAGCGUCGUGUCAGCCGCUACAACAGGGAGCCAUUACUCCGUGCCUAUCGCGUUGGUGCCACGCUACCAGCUCACGACAGCAGAUGCCUUCGCGUGCUCCACGCCUAUUGGCGAUUCCUAUGCGCCGCUGGAUCACUGGCAGUGGAUGGCGUCACUGUGGCGGGCGUGUGUUGGGCCUGAUAUCACGGUCUAUGUGCGUGAGUGUGGGAAGGAGGAACUUGAUCGCAUGGGGGCUGUUGAGGUGCGGUUGCAGGAUGCGCGGACUGUUGUGUUGAGGAAGGUUAUUGGGAGGGAUUUGGAGGAUAAGGUUCUUCGGCGCAUGGGCUUUGAGAUUGAAGACUUUUUGACUCAUUUGUAA